GAAGGUGGGUGGAGCCCGGGAGGGAAGGCGCUGGAGUUGAAGUUCCGCGCAGGCAGCGGGAAAGAAGAAGCAGCAGCAGCUUCGGCUGCGGGAGAAGUUUCGUCGAGCCGCGGCCGUGGUCGGGAUGGAAUGGGGCAGCGGGGCGUCGCUGGCGCAGGAGCUCCGGCGCUGGGCGGCCGAGGAGAUGCAGCUCCCGCCGGACAGAAUCCCCUCCGAGAGUGCGGCCCGCCGGUGGGUGACAUUCGGCCCUCUCCUGCCUCAGACCCGCGCCCGCCAGGCGGCUCCCUGGAGUAUAUUUCAAAAACGCCAGCAAAGCGAGUACCUCUGAGCAUGUGCAGAGUUCAGGGCCUUACGCCCUCUGGUGACCCAGUUGCUGGGAAUCUGGCGGGCAGGGGGCUGUUGCUUGCAGGUCUUGCUUGCAGGUUUAUUUUAUUGCAUGUAGAAUUUGAAAGGACCCUUUUCUUUUGCUCGAACCCACAACCCUGAGUCUUACGCUCCACCGGCUGACCUAUCCCACCUUUUCCUCCAAGCUGAAGGUGGCAUACGCAGUUUUCCCCCACCCCGCCUCAUUUAAUCUCCACAACGACCCUGUGAGGUAGGUUAGGCUGAGAGGCAGUGUGUGGCCCAAAGCCAGAUUCGGUGGGGAUUUGAACCCAGGUCUGAAAGGUCAUAGUUCAGUACUCUAACCACUACACCAUGCUGGCUCUCUGGUUUCCACAGGCAUCUGGUCGGCCACUGUGAUAACAGGAUGUUAUGCUAGGUGGGCCAUUGGACUGAUCCACCAGGGCUCUUCUCUUAGAUUUACAGGACCUUCGUUGGCUUAAGUCUGCCCUCAGCCAGCAGGGAGGAGGAUGGGGAGAAAACUAGAAUCGACUGAAACAAAAUAAAAUAAAAAAAUUCCUUCCAGUAGCACCUUUAGAGAUCAACUAAGUUAGUUAUUGGUAUGAGCUUUCGUGUCAAUAACUAACUUAGUCGGUCACUAAGGUGCUACUGGAAGGAUUUUAUUUUAUUUUAUUUAUUUUGUUUUGUUUCGACUAUGGCAGACCAACACGGCUACCUGCCUGUAACUAGAAUCGGCUGAGUCCAUCUAUCACUGACUCUGCUUCUGCCUGCUGUGGGUCUCCCUAUUUUCCAUUCUACCCGUCCUAAUGGGGCUCUGGCUGCAACGCUUGGGCCUGAUGGGUGUUAGAAGGCUGCACCUGUAAUGUUUUCUUCCAACAAUGUCUGUCUUAGAAUUCAAGUCUCUUCUAAGCAGAUUAAUUCCACAUUUCCCCCUGUUUAACCCAGUUGUGUACAGCAGAGAUAAAAAUUGUCCAUCAGAAUCUGAAACCUUACAUAAAAUGCCUGCUCAAACAAAAAUACCGUAUUUUUCGCUCUAUAACACGCACCCAACCAUAACACACACGUAGUUUUUAGAGGAGGAAAACAAGGGAAAAAAAUAUUCUAAAUGAAAAAGUGGAUGUAUGAUUUUUGUGGUUCAUGCUGUGGCCACAGACAUGUGAUCUGACAGUGAGUUUGGAGUAGCCCAAUGCAAAAAUCCUGAGGAUCCAUGUGGAUCCAUGCUUUGUAACCACAUUUUUGCACCACUGCGGCUCCAGGCAACAGUGGGUGCGUGAUUUUUUUGGUGCAAGAUGUAGCCAUGGACAUGCUAUGUGAUCUGAUGGUGAAUUUGGGGUGACCCAGUGCAAAAAUCCUGAGGAUCCAUGUGGAUCCGUGCUUUGUAACCACGUUUUAAGUGGGGAGGGAAGGAAAAGCACUCAAGGGACAAGGAGCACGCGUGGGGUGUGUGGAGAAUGAUGCUGCUAAUAAUGAAGAAGAGGGGUAUAAGGGGAGAAGGCUCCUCUCCUCUCCAGCUUUGCUCCUUUAAAGAAGCAGGCUCUCUGUCCCUCUCUCCGCCCCACUCAGCGGCUCUUCUCCCGCUUUGCUGUUUCAAAGCGAGGCACGGAGGAGGGAAGGAAGGGGAACCAUGGAUCCUCUGCUCACGACUGCAGCAGAUCCCCCCCGCCACCCGUAGGCAUUUCCCUCCAUAACACGCACAGACAUUUCCCCUUUCUAGGAGGAAAAAAGUGAGUGUUAUGGUGCAAAAAAUACGGUAGUCCUUGCCAAGCACUGGACGUUCAGGGGGAGGGGAGAGAGGCCUACUGAAAUGGGCCCACAAUUCUGAACGUGCAGGUGGGUCUAAGCCAUGGGGGAUCGCUAACAGCGCUUCCCGCAAAGACCUCCUCGGCCAGGCACCGAUAUAACGAAUUGAGUAGACCUUAAGGGAUUCUGGUCCCAAGUUAUUAAAGGCUUUGUAAAUUAAUCCAAGAGCCUAGAACUUUGCCCAGAAGCAUAUGGGCAGCAGUGGAGUUACAUGCUGGUUGCAUGUAACAGAUUGUAUGUUAGUCGCUCUGGAAGCCUUUAUGGCUUAUGAGUGGGACAUAAAUGCUUUCCUUCCUUUCCCCUACUCUCUAGGAUGUGCUCAGGUCAGUGUGCUGAGAUCUGGAAAUUCGUCAUCCAGCAUGUUCGCCACCAAAGGUAAGAAGCUAAAUGGUUGUGUUCAGGAGAAGCACUGAGAGGCUGGCGAGUUAGAAUUUGGCUUUUUGUUUUCCCCACAGUGGGGAGCUGGUAGAUGUCGGCUGGACUUCAUGCUGGCUUCGGCCGGUGGGAAUUGGAGUCCAGCACACAACUUGGAGGGCCACAGGCUCCCCGUCUCUCAGGUGAAGCUGUCCACAUUCAGCAGUUCUUUGGCCAGAGGAAUUUUGCUACUCCUGGGAUCCUGUUUGCGUUCAUGGGACGUCUUGGGAAGCAGAUGGGCUGAAACAGCCAGCUUUUGUUAUUGGCUCUGUUCUCAUGCCUUUAGUGCUAGGCUGAGAUACUUAGAAUUAUGGAGUUGGAAGGGACACUGAGGGUCAUCUAGUCCAACCCCCUGCAAUGCAGGAAUCUCAGCUAAAGUAGCCAUGACAUAUGGCCAUCCAGCCUCUGCUUAGAAACCUCCAAGGAAGGAGAGUCCACAACCUCCCAAGGGAGUCUGUUCCACUGUCAAACAGCUCUUGCUGUCAGAAAAUUAUUCCUGAUGUUUAGUCAGAAUCUCCCUUCUUGUAACCUGAAGCCAGUGGCGCAAGUCCUACCCUCCAGAGCAAAAGAAAGCAAGCUUGCUCCAUCUUCCAUGUGACAGCCCUUAAGAUAUUGAAGAUGGCUAUCAUAUCUCCUCUCAGUCUCCUCUUUACAUGCUAAACAUACUCAAUUCCUUCAAUCAUUCCUCAUAAGGUUUGGUUUCCAGACCCUUGGUCACCUUCCUCUGCACAUGUUCCACUUUGAAAUUGGGGUGACAGUAUUUUUUGGCACAGAGAUCAAGUAGUGGGGGAUACAAUGCACUUCAUUGACUUGAUUUUUCUCUUUGUUGAUACUGUAGGACCGUAAAGAAGAUCCGGGGCAAUUUGCUAUGGUAUCCUUUUUGUGGGCAUUUUCCUUCAGCGUGCCACACCUUCUUCUGCUAAGAGUUAUCCCUCCUCUUUUUUUCACCCUUUGCAACAGUGGUGUGGCAAGCAAAGUUCAGCAGUGGGCAAGUUCCUUUGCCGUUGUGCUGUAGCUCAGUGGUAGAGCAUCUGCUUUGCAUGCAGAAAGUCCCAGGUUCAAUUCCUGGCAUCUCCAGGUCGGGCUGGGAGAGGACCCUGCCAGAAACCCUGGAGAGCUGCUGCCAGUCAGAGUAGACAGUUCUGAGCUAGAUAGCCCUGUGGGCUGACUUGGUGUAAGGCAACUUUCUGUGUUCCUCCCCUUUAUCUGCUUCUCCAUGCAGGAGGAAGCAGCACCGGUUGGAUUUCUGCAGUGUAUUUCCUUUUUAUAAUCUGCCAUUCCUCCAAGUGGAUGCACAGUUCUUUCCGCCACUCCCUUCUUAUCCCACCAAUCCUAUGAGGGAGACUAGGCAGACUUCUGCCUGUGUUUGUUGUCAUUUUGGCACCAGGAUAGGACUUUUAUACUUUCCCAAACCUUUGCAUUUUUAAGUGUUGGGGUUUUUUUGCCUUCUGCCUAUACCUUCAGUAGCCUGACAUCCAAAAAUUCAGCAGGUGAAGCUUUGCCCACUAUUUCUUUCAUGCCAGGGAUGUAUUACCUGCUUAAUUUGUAUGCCUGGCUGUGGUUAAAAGAACAGCAGCAGAGGCACUCUUCCCCACUCCCCCAAAAAAGAGGCAGCCCUACUCUAGAGGGCUGUAGAACAACCUUUCUGUAGAACAACCUUUGUGCCACUGCCUUCUUCAUCAGUAUUACUCCAAAUGAUGAACUUUUUCCUGUUUUCUGACUUCUGUCAAAACACAUUGCUUACAACUGCACCACAGUUUACUGUGUUAUAAACAAGCCUAGCCUCUUGCUGAGCUCCCACGCUCCCCCCUUCUGCUGCCUUGCCACAUCCAUGAAAAGGGCUUUGGUGUUUCAUGAAUCGCAGCUUGGCAUCUCAUCCAGACCCAGCAAACUAUGGUUGAUCUUAACAUACAAUUUGUUUGAAAGACAUCAAACCAUGGUUUACAAAGCUGGCAUUUUCAACACACCAUUGUUAAGAUCAACCACAGCUUAGGAUGUUGAUGUAACCACUGAAUUGUGAUUAUUCAUCAGAAUCAGAAGCUUCCAGACUUUUUAAAAAAAUGGCUAUUUACCUCAAGGGAUGGAAGUGGGAGCACACCUGCAGCAGAGAAAACUGGGUUCUGUGCUUGUUGGCUUCUUAUGACUUCUGGACGUAGUUGUUGUAGCGACUAAAGAAAAAUGGGAAACUGUUGGUUUUCUUAACCCGAACCUUUCAUGUAGGUAUCGGCAGAUGGAGGAGACUGAGGUGAGAGAUCAAUAUACUGGGAGGGAUUUGGGUGUUGCUGUUUCUCCGUGUGGCUUGGGCUUUGUAAUCUGUGGGGAGGGGGCUGCCUUUAGGAUGGGGAGGGGGAGAACUUGGAGAUAGAGGCCACAUUCAAACCCUACGUUUGUGGGAUAGUGGGGCAGGGAGGAGGGUUGCCUUAUGUCUAUGAGUAUUUUGGGCAAAUGAGGUGUGAGUGAGCUUAAAUGUGCCACGGCAGAGUUCCACCCUGGCAGGGCUGGUGUUUUUCUCCCCAGGGCAAGCCCAGCAGUUCAGAAUCAGAGAAGGAGCGCCGUAAGCAGCUGGUCCAAGACAUCUCCCGUCUGCGGGGGGAGCUGCAGCAGCUGGACUUGCAGAUUGAAUCAGCACAGCAUGAACUCGUGGCAGAUGGUGAGAGGGAAGACGUUGGCUCAAUGGUCAUAAGGACUAGAACCUUGAGUUGUUUUAAAACAUAAAGAAGGCCAAAACUAAUGCCUAUUCAAGCACUUGUGCAGAGAUCCCAAAGUUGCGAGGGGGUACCCACACAGCCCAAUUUGUGAUGCGCCCUUGCUCUCGUCUGGUCUCUCAGAGGUCGCCCUGGAGACGGCGCAGGAGGAGAUCUGGGAUGCCAAGCGCCGCAGCUUGCUGCUCAAGGCGUACUCUGCCCGGGUCACAGCAGAGCGUCAGCAACUGCAAGCGAGAGCGGCAAAAGUCGGAGGCCGUCUGGAGCAGCUGCAAGAGAUGGAGAGGUAGAGUCCCCCAUUUCCAGUCUCUUGGAUAGGCAGGGCACAUUUGUCCAGAAUAGGGAACCAAGAGCCGAAUGUGGCCCUCCCUGCCCUUGGAACUCUUGUGAGGCCAUGCCCCCUCUCCAGGCCACACCCCUCACCUGCCCCGGCUUUGCCCCCUCCUUGAUUGCUUUUGCCUGGAUGGAACUCUGAUGACACCUCUCCCUUGUCCGGGUGGCGGAUGAACAGUCGCUUUGUAUGUGCAUUAGUUGCUUUGCCCACAAUGGGCAUGCAGGGAAUGUUUGAGAGGUCUGCCCAGGCGCUGGAAGGGGUUCUCUCCGUUCUCAUUUGUUCUCUGUAGGAAGGCCAGGACAGCGGUGGUGUUCAGCAAGAAAGCCACGGAGCCUGGAUUCCCCAGCAUGGAGCCGGAGGUUUUGGUGAGGACUGGUGGCUUGCUUGCAGGGAAGAGGGCAGAGUAGCUUCUUGCAAAGGUAUAUUUACUUGAGAUCAGGGAAAUCAGGAUUUCCAAGUACUUAUUUACUUUGUAGUACUGGCUUAAGGACAGCUCUUUCUGCUCAAAGUGUACGUACCAAUGUCUGGUUACUUAUUGGCCGAAACCUUGAUUCUGAAAUCAUAAUCUUUUAAUUUCUGGCGCUUAUAUCCCAACUUUUUUCCCUCUCCAAGGAGCUCAAGGCGGCAUACAUGGUUCUCUCCCUCAUUUAAUCCCCACAACGACCCUGCGAGGUAGGCUAGGCUGAGAGGCAGUGACUGCCCCCAAAGUCAUCCUGUUCUCACAGCGGCCAACCGGAUGCCUAUGGGAAGCCUGCAAACAGGACCUGAACCCAACAGCACUCUUCCCUCCUGUGGUUUCCAGCAUCUUGUGUUCAGAAACGUGUUGCUUCUGACAGUGAAAGUAGCCAUCGGGGUUUGGAGCCAGUGUUUUCCUUCUCCAGGAAUUUGUCUAAUUCUCUGUUAAAGACACACGCGUUGGUGGCCCUCAUUGCAUCUUGUGGGAAUGAGUUCCAUAGUUUUAACUAUGUGUGAAGAUGUUAUUUCUGUCCUGAAUCUUCCAAUAUUCUAGCAUUGGCUCUAGUGUUUGUGCACGAGUUCUAGCACGUGCCAAGGUUCUGCGGUAUGAGACCAGACACAGUUUUCGGGGCACGUAAUUUAGUAGAUUUGGAGGGCUGUUUUGGGUGUAUGCACUGUGGAAGCUCAGUCAAGCGGUUAAACUCACUGCAGAAAACAGGCACUUAGCAGAGUUGUCAUUUUACUAGGCCAACACCAACAUGCACUUCACAUACAUACACUAUUUAUAGAUGUUACAAGUUAUCUCCUCUCUCUGAGCCCAGAGAGGGCUGUUUCCUUCAAAGUCCAUGCUUGCGUUAAUGUCCACAGCCAAGUCCUUGGUUCAGUUGCUUGCAGAGUCCUUCAACUUAACGAGUUCUCUGAAGUCUGCCGAUUUUCCAACUUCUUCCUCAGAUGAUCUCUUCAAAAAAUAUUCACUCAAACCCACAGUUUCAUUAUAUAACCUUCAACAAGUCCUGCAAUCCCCUAUCACACCAACCCACACAGCAUGCUGUAACCUGAGUUUUUAUACGCAAAGUUUCUCCCAAAUCUGCCCCAUAGCACAGAUAAAAGAGUUAGCCUGCCAGUGCAUUGUGGGGAUUGAACCAUCGUCUCUGCUGACUCAUGGAGAAUUAACCUGUUAACUGCAUUUUUUAAUAGACUGGAGGUAGGUGUAUUUGGGGGGAGAAAACCUUAGCUGAGGUCUGUCCCUUGUUUCUCUCCAGCGAGAUGUCCAGGAGGCCUGCCAGCUGCGCUUCCACUUCCUGAAGACCCUCUUUGAGCGCAGCGUAUCAGGGCAUUUUCCGUAAGAGCCUAUCUUCCACCCCUUUCCCACUUCCCUUACAUUUGUCCCAUGUUUUGUAUACUUUUCUCCCAUUAGCCUUGCAUUGUAGACCUCUCCCUUGCUCCAUGAGUGCCCAGCUUCCGGAUUUCACAUUGGGUAUCUAGAAAAUGAGUCACAGUCUCUUUGGACGGCCCAACAUAGCGCUGGCUAACCGAACUGGGACUCUGAGGUCUCUGCUGCAGUGCUAAUCCUCCAAUUUUUUAGAUGGGGGGGGGUUGCUUUAGUGGGACUUUGCCUGCUUCUGCCAGAUGUUGGACUACAUGACAUUUAAGGUUACCUCUGUCUCGUAUGAUUCUAUGAGAUGUGAUGGGCUGAGCCUGGGAUCUUCUAGAAGGAAAGCAGUUCAUAAUUUUAUUCCCCCCAUGAAAUUCCUGCACUGGCUCCCCAUCUGCUUCCAGGCUUGGUCCAGUGCCAUGGUGUUCCCUUUAUAAAGCCCUUGCAGCUAAAGACCCUCUCCCCAAUUCUACACCCACACAGUUUGUCCUUUCCAAACACCUUAGGUCUUCAAACCGUUUGGGAGUGCCCUUUCCCUUUUGGUAUCCUUCCCCUUUGAAAAGCAUCCUGGUCAUUCUUACCUGUCCUUUUCUCCCUGCCUCCCUGAGCCGGUUUGGGGGAACCUGUGGCCCUCCAGAGAUGUUGCUGGAUUAUGCAUGCUGGGGCUGAUGGGAGUUGUAGUUCAGCCACAUAUGGAGGGCCACAGGUUCCCUAUGCCUGCCCUUGAAUUUCUAACACUCUCUCUUUUUUUCCUUUGGUGUCUCUCAGCAGCGGGAUGAAUGAGGAGCAGCUGAACCCUUCCUACCAGCACUGGCUGAGCAUCGUGGAGGUAGGACCACACAUUGCAGAGCAGCGACAAGGAAGCCUGUUGCUGUGCUUGGACAGCCUGCUCUAUGACUGCCUGUGAGCAGUCUCCUCUCUCUCUCUCUAUCUCUCUGAGGUCAUCCUCACUACCUUUCCCUGUCUCCCCACAGAAAGUAGCUGGCUCUCACCCUCCAGCCCACAUCCUUUCAGCCCUGGAGCACCUUGCCCUGCAGAACACACAGCAGCUGCAGGAGCUCACCACCAGCAUCAACAUUCCUAGGGAUGUGGAAGCCCUCAAGUAGGUCCUGUCCUGGGGGAGAGGGGUGGCGGCGUUGGGUCUCCUGGGCUAAUGACGCCACCCAGCACCCCCGGGCAACCUCUGGAGAGGUCCGGAGGGUGGCAGCAUGAGAACGGGACUUUUCUGCAGUGGCUCUCUAUUGGUAGAAUGCUCUCCCCAGGGAGGCUCCCCUGGUGCCUUCAUUUAGGUGCCAGGCAAAAAUGUUCCUCUUCAAUCAGACAGCCACAGAUUGACAGCCAGUGCCGUGGAAGGCGGGAUUAUUGGGUUGUCUUUGUUUUUGUUUUCAUUAUGUAUUUUCUGCUUUUUUAUAUUGUGAUGUUUAUUUCAUGAACUGCCCUGAGACCUGGGGCGUAUAGGGCAGUAUGCAAAUUUAAUUAAUUACUAAAUAAUAAUAGUAAUGAGGCACGGCCAGGGAAGGUUGUGACCUAGGGAGAGGAGGCAUGGACUGGGGAGAAGGUCUGAGGUUCUUCACUGGCUCCCGUUUCAAUUACCCGCAAUGUCUCUCUGUGGAGCAGAACUGUGGGGAACUUAACCUGGCUGGCCCCGAACCAGCUAUUUUUUACAGAAGCAUCACGGUUCUUUGGCACCAGUAAGCCCAUCAAGGCUCAGGGGAAGUGGUGGGGGUGGAGGGAAACGCACAAUGUCCAGCAAUCGCUCAAAGUCAGAGGCUUCCCCUCGGUAUCUCAUGAGGCACUUCGGGGUCUACAGUUCUCUCCUUUCUGCCCCAUGCUCAGGUUUCGCUAUGAUAAUGCCCACCUGGAGGAUGUCUCGGAGCCAAUGAAUGACCUGCCCUCUGUCCGGACCCUCAUCCAGGUGACGGCCCUUGGCGCUCCCUUGUGGCUGAAUGUAUAGCUAUGGUUCACACAUGGUCUGUUUUAUCUCUCGUGAAUAGGGCUGUCAAACACCUACCUUGUCUGAGUUUCUGAAUGAGUGCCAUUUCCAAUGCAGCUUUUGCUUCGGCCAGUUCAUACAUUCAGUUCUUCACUGCUUGAAAGUGCUUGUGCUGCUAUAUUCACUGUUGUGUGAAUUCUGAGAGAGCUAACUAAAGACACCGGUUAUCUGAAAACUUGUUUCCUUGGAAGUGUAUAAUUGAUCUCUCCAAAUUAUUUUGGGCAGCAGGAUUUAAGGCGGAUCUGGUGAUAAGGACAUUGGAAGCUAUGUUUCUGAGCAUUAUUCAAAGAGCUGGUCCUGACUUUUAAAGCCCUAAAUGGCCUUGGCCCUGUAUACCUGAAGGAGCGUCUCCACCCACAUUGUUCAGCUUGGACGCUGAGGUCUAGCUCCAAGGGCCUUCUGGUGCUUCCCUCACUAUGAGAAAUGAUGUUAGAGGGAACCAGGCAGAGGGCCUUCUCGGUAGUGGCACCCACCCUGUGGAACGCCCUCCCAUCUGAUGUCAAGGAAAUAAACAACUCUCUGACUUUAAGAAGACAUCUGAAAGACAACCCUGUAUAGGGCAGUUUUUAAUGUGUGAUGUCUUACUGUGUUUUAAUUUGUUGGAAGCCGCCCAGAGUGGUUGGGGCAAUCCCGGUAGGUGGGUGGCAUAUAAAUAAAUUAUUAUUAUUAUUUAUUAGCUGCCUUCUACUGAGUCAGACUUUGGUCCCUCGAGUUCAGUUCCGUCUGCACUCGAUCGGCAGCAGCUCUCCAGGCUUCCAGACAGGGGCUUUUCCCUGCCUUGCCUGGAGAUGUCAGGGAUUGAACCUGGGACUUCCUGUGUACGAAGCAGAUGCUCUGCCACUGAGCCAAACCUUCCCCAGCUUUGUCAGCACUGUCAUUUUCCAUAGGGGUUGGGUGCCAAAGAAAAGGGGGAGCUCAUAGUCUUUGCUUUCCUUCUUCCUGGUUUGACAUCAACUGAUAGGAAGUGCCUACAGAGGGUGGUGAAUACAGCACAAGAUAUUAUGGGCUGUCCCGUGAAUCCGCUGGAGGAAAUAGCGGAAGAAGGUUGCCUCAGGAGAGUGAGGAAAAUCCUCAGGGAUGAUUCACACCCUGACCAGCACUUUCUUGAUCUCCUGCCCUUGGGCAGAAGAUAUAGAAGCAUGCUUAGUCGCAUCAACAGGGUAAAGAACAGCUUCUAUCCGUGGGCUGUGAGGCUGCUGAAUGAAAAGAUAACAACAGGGCAACUGACUUUCGGGUUUGGUGGGUGUGCGUCAGUAAACGAGGGGAAUUAAGACUAAGAGAGCUGAGUGGGGGGUGCUCGUGUAAUCUCACUGUAUACAAAUUGUACAUGUGACAAUAAAGUAUGUCAAUUUCAAUUCCUCUCCAGGAGGGCUGGAGCAAGUGCGAGAUGCUUUGUGUGGAGCAGAUCCCUUUAAACGCCCAGGAGAGGAGCCUCUUGGCUCGGCUGGAAGCUGUCGUCAAGGAGAUGCAUAGCCUGCUGUCUGAUGACUCGGAGCGCUCUAUCCUGGCCAGGUGAGAAGACGGAUCUUGCAGUUGCGGUUCCUUCAGGGGAGACCAUGAGCAGCAAUGGAGCCGUGCAUCUCACUUUUAAAAACAAAACUCUAAGCCAGUGUUUCCCAAAGUGGGCGAUACCAGCCCCUGGGGAGGGGGCAGUAUGCUGGAACGACCCAGGGGGGCAGUAGUAGUCUUGGGUGCAAUUGGGGGGUGUUGAAUAAAAAUAAGGGCAGUGGAAGCAAACGGGGAAACACCCAUAAAUAAAAUAAGUGCACUGUGUGAACAGACACGUGUCAGGGAUUCUCUUCCCCCUUUUUUUCAUGCCUCCCAUCCCAGAGCUGCGUUUGAGCUGGAGCUUCGGGCCGUGCGGUUGAGGGGAUACAGAGACGGACUUCUGCAGGGCUGCCGGGAGCUGGAAGAGGCAGUGAGGACCCGGCACGAGGAACUGCAGGCUGUGCAAGCUAAACGCCAGAGCAUCCUGGACUUCCGCCACCUGGUGGUGAGUGUGUGGAAGGGAGGAUAAAUAUUCGAGGGGGAAAGAGUUGUGUGGGUCUCGGGAUCAUAGGUGUGUGGAGUUGGAAGGGGACCUCCAGGGUCAUCUAGUCCCACCCCCCGCCAUGCAGGAAUCUCUUGCCCAACGUGGGGCUUGAACCCACGACCCUGAGAUGAACAGCCGGCAUUCUCUACCAACUGAGCUAUCCGAGCAAUAGAUCUAGAGAAUCUGAGGCGUAGGGUCAAAAGCCUUGAGACAAUACUGAUUAGAAGCCAUUUUGGCAUGUAAGCAGGAUGUGAAUGAAUAAUAAUAAUUUAUUAUUUAUACCCCCGCCCAUCUGGCUGGGCUUCCCCAGCCACUCUGGGUGGCUUUCAGCAAAAUAUUAAAAUACAGUAAUGCAUCAAACAUUAAAAGCUUCCCUAAACAGGGCUGAUUAUACAGAAGGAUGUCAACUUCCGCCCCCUGUCCCCCCGCAUAAAUAUAAUGGACUGCAAUACCCAUCAUCCCUGGCCACAGGCCAUGUUGAUUGGCUGGUGGGGCCUCUGGCAACAUCUGGCAGGUGCUGUAUUGGUGGAGGUUGUUAAAAGCCCCCCCUUUCCCUUUUCAGAGUGCCCUGUGAAGUGGAAUGGUUUGUUUAAACCACUCUGGGAAUUUUAGCUCUGCGGGGGUCUCCUGACAACUCCCAGCACCCUUAACAAACUUCAGCUUCCAGAAUGCUUUGGGGGAAGCUGUGACUGAAGUGGUGCCAUACUGCUUUUACUGGAUGAUGUGAAUGUGGCCGUGUGUGUGUGUGUGUGCGUGUGUGCGUGUGGUGUGCCUCUGCCAUUAGGAGAGGCUUUGGGGGAAGGGGGUGCCUUGUGCAGUCUUUUGAAAAGUAGCUCCUUAAUCUCCCUUCUCUGCCUCCUUCCUACAGAAUGAGAAACAGCAGCACAUCCGGGCGCUCAUCAAGGGAACGUCGUAUCUUAAAUCACAGCUUCGCAAGGACCAGGCAGAGGCAAGAUCUGAGGCUCCCUUUCACCUCCACACAAAUAUAUUUAUGGCAAUGUGCCAGAAUCUGUUGCUUAGAAGUUGGGAGAUGAAGUCUGGCUAUGUAAAAAGGAGGGCAUGCUAGAUGUUGGGGUCAGGCUAAGGGGCAGCAGCAGAUUCUGAGAGGACCAGUGUGGACUACCAGCUCCCAUCAGCCCCUUGCAACAUCCCCAUUGGUCAAGGCUAAUGGGAUUUGUAGCCCAACCUGGUGCCCUCCAUUAAAUUAUCUUAGAAUUGUAGACUGAAAGGGUCAUCUAGUCGCUAGGUUUCCCCAUACCUAAUGCACCAUCUGCUUAAAGCCAGACUGGUCAUGCUACAAAAUUCAUAUGCUGGACCUAAGAAUCUGCCUUAUGCUAGGUUGGUCUAUUUGCCCACCCAGCCCAGGAUUAUCUCGUCUGACUGGCACCUGCGGUUCUCCAGGAUCUCGGGCAGAGGUGGGUCUUUCCCAUUAGCUGUUUCCUGGCCUGUUUAACCGACGAGCACUAGGAAAGGCAUGGCAUAAGAGGAAGAUGAAUUUGGAGGGAGGAGGAAAUCUGCCAACAGCAAUGCAAGUUCUUAGUUGAAUGCUGGUCUUCUAAUGGCCAGCUAGGAUACAAGAGCUCGGGGAAGAGGCACCAAAAGUUGCUGUUCUCUCAGCUGCACUGACAGAGUGGCCCUACACCCCACCUAUUCCCUCCUCCUGCAGCCUGAUGUAACGACUGCUGCCGGGUGACCAUUGAUAGAGGAUGGAGCACGGCUUCUUAGCAGCAAGGAUCGUGGCAUUUAAUAAUAAUAAUAAUUUUAUUAUUUAUACUCCACCCACCUGGCUACGUUUCCCCAGCUACUCUGGGCGGCUUACAGCACAUAAAAAAUUGUAAAACAUUAGAUAUUAAAAACUUCCCUAAACAGGGCUGCCUUCAGAUGUCUUCUAAAAGUCAGAUAGUUGUUUAUUUCCCUGAUAUAUGAUGGGAAGGCAUUCCACAGGGCGGGCGCCACUAGCAAGAAAGCCCUCUGCCUGGUUCCCUGUAACCUCACUGCUCACAGUGAGGGAACCACCAGAAGGCCCUCGGAGCUGGACCUCAGUAUCCAGGCUGAAUGAUGGGGUGGAGAUGCUCCUUCAGGUAUACUGGACCGAGGCUGUUUAGGGCUUUCAAGGUCAGCACCAACACUUUCUUUUUAAAAAAAUAAUUUUUAUUAACAGGCCAAUCAAAUCACAUUAUUUCCAAAUCACAUUAGUUCCAAAUUAUACAGCCAGAUUUUUAAAUUUUGUUGGGGGUCCCCAUACUUCAAGCUCCGAACGGGGGUCCAAGCAUCACUUAUAUUGCUGCUUUAAUUAGACAGUUCUAUCCAGUUCUGUCCAGAUAGUCUCUUUAUUACUUUCUUCAUUUUCUUGUUGUUAUCAUAUAUUCCUUUCUUGGCGAUCUCUGAUAAUCUUCACAAGCGGGUUGGAAACAAACAUCCUCUGUGUGGGUUUUAGACUCUCCCAAAAAUCAUAUCACGUAGGGACAGACGCCAUUCCACACUUCCGUAAAGAAUUUAUCCUCGGUCUGUCCUUUAAUUUUCCCAGGCUUGCCAAGUAUAUCACAAAGGGCUCUGCCAGGUUUAGAUCACAUUCCAAUCGUCAUUCAUAUUCCGAUGAUCCUGGUCCUCCGCCCCCCGUCUUUCUUAGACAAGCCUGUCUUAGCGAGACGCCAUUUAAAACUACGUCAUAAAAACUUUCCUAUGUUCUCCAAUGUUUACCAAUCCUCUCUUUGAUCAAUAAUUCACUCCACACAGUUCUUGAAUUCCUGCUUGUGAUUAAUAAAAUGCAACGAUCUUCUUUCUGGGGUGGAGGGUUAUUAAUACUCACAUAAGGCAAAGAAAAGAAAAGUUUUUUCCUCCACCCCCCCCUUCCAUUUCACUCCAAACAUACCAGUCUCUUAAUGGUGAUUCAUCACUUGAUUUAUUUGUCCCGUCCGUCGCUCUGGUCACAGAGAUCCAUUAAUCAGCAGUCUUAUCUCCCGAACUUCGCUUGAUGUAUGUGCUUUAGCUUCUUUCCAAUUAUAUGUUUCCAAUUAUAUUUUCGAGCUAAAGCGAACCAGGGCGCUGAUUGGAGACAGCGUCAGGAAGAGCAGACUUCACAGAGGGCUUGUGCCAAGUGACCGGGCACCCCCUUCUUUCGAAUCCAGUGGUGCAUUAUGGACACCGCUGGCAAGGCAGUCCCCCCCAUCUCCUUGGGGGGGUGGGAAGGCUGCAUACUUCCCAUAGCAGCCUCUUAAUUACCUCGUGUGGAUCGGAGAGAUGUUAUUGUUGGCCAUCUUCCAAUGCGCCACCUGGUGGCCCCCCAGCACCAACACUUUCAAUUGUGAUCGGAAACGUACUGGGAGCCAAUGUAGGUCUUUCAGGACCAUUGUUAUAUGGUCUUGGUGGCCAUUCCCAGUCACCAGUCUAGCUGCCGCAUUCUGAAUUAGUUGUAGUUUCCGGGUCACCUUCAAACGUUGCAGUAGUCCAAGUGGGAGAUAACCAGAACAUGCACCACUCUGGCGAGACAGUCUCAGCCUGAUUACCUGAUGGAGCUGGUAGACAGCUGCCCUGGACAUAGAAUUGACCUGCGCCUCCAUGGACAGCUGUGAGUCCAAAAUGACUCUCAGGCUGUGCAGCUGGUCCUUCAGGGGCACAGUUACCCCAUUCAGGACCAGGGAGUCUUCCACACCUGCUCGCCCCCUGUCUCCCCAAAAACAGUACUUCUGUCUUGUCAGGAUUCAACCUCAAUCCGUUAGCUGCCAUCCAUCCUCCAACCUCCUCCAGACAUACUGCCGCUAGAGUUGUUCCUGACCCAAGUGGGGCUCUGCAACGUUGAGGACUAGAAACUUUCAAAAUAAAUCUUAUAAAAAGUGCAGCGAGGAGACCUGGGAUUCCGUGUUCUGCACCUGGGAGCAGAGGUACUGUGGUUACGUGGCAGCUUUGUGACCAUGCUGGUUUUUCUUUUAUGUCUCUCCAUCAGAUCCAAGACUUCAUAGAAAAGAAGCUGCUGCCUCAAGAGCAAUUGGUGAAGGGAGCAGCAGAGCAACUGGAGGAUAGGGUGGACCGCGAGGUUCGACAGUUUGGGACCAUCGCUCUGCCUUGCCUGCUGCGCCGCGAUCUCCCUGCGUGAGUCCUCCUGCUCCCCUCCCUAUGGAUGAGCAACGCUGUGGGCUCUAGAAACAGGAGACCCCCACAUUGGGCAGCAAGAUACCUACUUCUAAGUUUUUUAACAGAGCAAAGUCACACUUGGCCGUGUCUCCUGAAAUCGUUGAGGCUGGAGAACUGGCUGCAAGUAAGAGUAGGCCUCCUUGAUCCUGGUGUUCCCCAGAUGCCCUUGAACUGCAACUGACCAUGGGCCAUGCUAGAGUUGAGACAGCAGGGUGGGCAAGGCUGCUAAAGACUUUUGCUGGUUGGAGGCGGAUGGUUAAUUGGUCCUGGCUCCUCCUGCGAUGAUCAAAGCCGGAAUAAUGUACUUGAAACAAGUACAAAUAGUUAAAGUGUAUUCAAAUGAGAUUGAUGUGGGUUCCGAGUCUUGUCCUUCUCUGAUGCAUAAUCUGGAGGGUGGUUAAUUUAUAUUUUAAGCCUGACGGUGCUUAGAGCUGUGUGUAUCGCAUGGCCCCAUCUGCACUACACAUUUGAAGCAGUAUCAUGCCACUUUAAAUUGCCAUGCCUUCCUCCAGAGAAUCCUAGGAACUGUGAAGGGUGCCAAUAGUUUCUUGGGAGUCCCUUAUUCCCCUGCCAGAGGUAUAAUUCCCAGAGUGGUUUAACAAUCGGGGAACUCUGGGUAUCGUAGCUCUGUGUGGGGCACAGGGCUCUCCUAACAACUCUUGCUGGCCUUUACAUUUCCCAGGAUUCUUUGGGGGAAGCCGUAAAGGAUUCAAAGUGGUAUGAUACUGCUUUAAAUGUAUAGCGCGGACUGGGCCCAUGUUCGUACCUCAAGCAAGCACACAAAUGUGUGUGCGUUGGGAUCAGAAUGCAUCCUCCAUUUUUGAUUUGAAGACAAGGGGUGGAGAGGAAAUUGUGAGCCCUUCUUUCUGACACACACACUCACCCAAAAAUAUUCCAGGUCUCAGCGAAUCCCCGCCCAUGAGCUUUCUAUCCACCGCCUGAGCCGAACAGCGCCAGCCGUGUACCAGCCCUUCCUCAAUGUGUGCCAGGGAGUUGCCUUCCCUCUCUACAAGGUGAGUGCCUCUCUGCUGCGGGCUUGGUUUACAUCUAGGUGGGGUGUGGGGAGGAAGCUAACUGGGUUGGAUCACUUGAAAUAACUCCCCCAAUAGCCCAGUGGUAGAGCCCAUGCAGGAAGUCCUGAGUUCACCUUUUUGUUUAUAGCAGGACAGCAGGCACUCACCUGUGACACUCCAGCUUUUGCUAGACUGCUACUCCCAUCAUCCCCAGCCACCAUGGCCCAGAGGUCAGGGAUGGUGGGAGCUGUAGUCCAGUAGUGUCUGGAGGGCCUCAGGUUAGCCAUCUCUGUGUUAAAAGGAUCAGGAAACAGGCGGUGGGAGCAAUGCCAGGAGUCAUACUGGGCUUCAUGGACAAAUAGCCUGGCCUGGUGCAAGGUGGCUUCCCCAUGUUCCUGGGAUCCCACACAGCCUUUUUUGCAGGUUCCUUUUCUAGCAAGAAAAAAUGUGUUCUAGCGGCUUUGCAUAUUAUGCAGAAGCCGACACAAUUGCCAUGGCCUGUCUGUGAAAGCAGAGAGCUCUGGGCGACUCCAGUUCCGUGAAGUGUGCAUUUGUAUUCUGUAUGCACCUUUAGGUAUGCCCUAGUUUAUAGAACAGGACAGGAUUUUGUUGGAUUAGUCUGUCUCUGGGGCUGGGCGAUAACUGGUUUUCAACAUCGUGACAGAUCACCUGCUAAACAUCGCGAUAUGCCACAAUGUCUGAAUUAAUGUAGAGGCAUUGUCUGGCUUCACAGUUUCUCCCCACAUUGCGUGUGCGUUAUGCAAAAAUCACAUCAUGGUUUGCAAUAUAUUGCCAGGUCAAAAAUUGUGAAACUGAUAUCAUACCGGUUUUGACUUCAAACUGGUUUUGGGCAAUAUAUUAAUAUAUCGCCCAGCCAUAUCCAUCACCCGUAUCAAGAGAACAAAAUGCAGUUCAUUGCCACAUCAAACAAAACGUCUGUUUCUUGGGUGAAAUAGCUGGAAAUUAAACAUGGAGCUUUAUUUUUAAUAGGGCUGCUGCUUGUCAAAAUGACUCGGUACCCUUAACUCCGAACCUUUACCAGUGGUCUAAAAUCCGCCCUAGAUAACUUUUUCUAAAAUGGGAGGCCUUCCUGUUUUGCUCUCCAGCAUCUUGUUUUGAUGUCUACUGUGCCCUGUGCUCCAUCAUUCCUCUCUUUCUCCAGGCCCCGGAGGAGCUGCUCGUGCACACCACAGAGCUGAAGAAGAUGCUCAUUCUCCUGCGUGCCCAACUUGGCUCAAAGCAGAGGGCACUGGGAAGCCUGCAGCGCCAGCUGGAUAACUCCCCGGAGCCAGAUGCGCAGGGUGAGUCGGCCUUAGCGUGGCACCUCUUGGAGAAGGGAGCCGUGGCUUGUGGGUGAAGCAUCUGCUUCCCAUGUAAAGGUCCCAGCUUCAGUCACCAGCAUCUUCAGUUAGGGCUGGGAAUGUCCACUUCCUGAAAGAGCCCCUGCCAAGUCAGUGCAAAACCAGGCAAGGGUGUAUGUGGUUUUUUCCCCUACAGCCAGAGGGCCACAUUCCUUUCUAGGCAAGCUUUUGAAGGCCAUGUGCCAGUUGUGGGUGGGGCCAGAAGCACAAGUGGGCAGAGCAACAGGUAAUAAUAAUAAUAAAAAUUUGUUUGUACCCCGCCCAUCUGGCUGGGUUUCCCCAGCCAUUCUGGGCAGCUUCCAACAAAGAUGAAAAAUACAUUAAAAUACAUCCUUUGUACAAUAGGCUGGUUUCUACACACACACACACACACACUCACUCACUCUCGCUCCCUCUGUACAGUGGUACCUCAGGUUAAGUACUUAAUUUGUUCCGGAGGUCCGUUCUUAACCUGAAACUGUUCUUAACCUGAAGCACCACUUUAGCUAAUGGGGCCUCCUGCUGCCGCCGCACCACCAGAGCACGAUUUCUGGUCUCAUCCUGAAGCAAAGUUCUUAACCUGAGGUAAUAUUUCUGGGUAAGCAGAGGCUGUAACCUGAAGCGUAUGUAACCUGAAGCGUAUGUAACCCGAGGUACCACUGUAUUCUCCAUUCAAGCAAGAGGCAUUAUCGGAGUUCCUGCCAAGCCAAAACACUGGAAUAGGCCUAGUUUCCUCACCUGUGGCCCUCCACCAGUGGCUCAACCAAUACCCAGCAAUGUUCUUUCUCAGAAACACUGGAAAAUACCUUAUAUGCCAGUGGUUUUCAACCAGCGUGCCGUGGCACACCAAGGUGCUGCAAGCAACAGGGGCUACUUCCGUAGCUGCCCGGAGGACUCUCAAGGAGAGGAGAGGGGAGGCAGAGGGAACACUCCACAAGGGAGGGGUUUCAAAAAGAGGUGAGGGGCUACAGGCUCUGCAGACAAGGGGUGACAUAGCUGGACUUCUGAGGCUCAGAGCAUGUUUCCCCACAGAGAAGCAGCAGGAAGAAUGUGGCUGGUCAAGGGAGCCAUGGACUCAAAAAGGUUGAAAACCUCUGUCUUAUGCUAACUCCAGGAAUACACUUCCUUCCAUUCUGUGUUAGGCUUCAUUGGUGCAAGCAGGGAGUUGCUACUACCAUACUACUUCAAAAAUGCAUUUUUCGUUUCCGUUUUUGCGUAUGAUGUGGACUAACCCCGAGGCGACCCACAAGUUGAGGGAGGUAAAAAACCUCCGUACAUAGUUGCUGCUUGAUACUCAGUGAGUUCUUCCCAAAUCUCCCUCCCCCCCAAGCUCUCGUGCGGGAGGUGCAGAGCCACGAUGAGGAGCAGGUCCGUGAGCUGCUGCCCCGGAUCCAGCACAUGACGGAUCAGUGCCGGUGUCGUAUUGAGCGUUGGCAGGAGGUACAGGCUGUUGUGGAUGCCUGGUAAGUGGAGGGAGGUUGGCAAGCCAUUGUGGGAUAUAUUCCUGAGCCUAGUCCCUUCCGGAUGCAGUUGGGACCACAACUCCCAUCAUCCCUGGCUGUUGCCCAUGCUGCUUGGGGCUGAUGGGAGUUGGUGGAUUAGGGCAGCCUUACUCAAACAUGGGCCCCAUCAUCCGUGAGGAAUAAUGUGUGGGUAGUGGGCAAUAGGGACAUGGUGGCGCUGUGGGUUAAACCACAGAGCCUAGGACUUGCUGAUUAGAAGGUCAGUGGGUCGAAUCCCUGUGACGGGGUGAGCUCCCGUUGCUUGGUACCUGCUCCUGCCAACCUAGCGGUUCGAAAGUACGUCAAAGUGCAAGUAGAUAAAUAGGUACCGCUUCAGCGGGAAGGUAAAUGGUGUUUCCGUGCGCUGCUCUGGUUUGCCAGAAGCGGCUUAGUAAUGCUGGCCACAUGACCCGGAAGCUGUACACCGGCUCCCUUGGCCAAUAAAGCGAGAUGAGCACCACAACCCCAGAGUCGGUCACAACUGGACCUAAUGGUCAGGGGUCCCUUUACCUUACUGGGCAAUAGAUAUAGGACACAAUAUAGAAUUUAACCUCUGGUAAAAACUCUGGAAAAGUGAUUUGAAGUUCACAGCAUGUUAUUCUUUGAAGGAGAACUACUUGACAAUGAUUUACAGAUGGUAUUUAACUCCGAGUAGGCUUGCUAAGAUGUAUAAAGUGCUGGAGAUGCAAAGAAAACGAGCGAGGCCCCAACCAAAGAAGAAUGGCAACUCAAGUUGACAGAAUAUUCGCAGCUUGCAGACUUAACAUAUAGAAUAAGAGAACAAGAACAUACGUUUAGAGAAGAUUGGAAAAUGUUUAUUGAAUAUGUUUAGAUGGAUGUAAUAAUGGAAUACUGAAUAGUAUAGCUUUUGUAAAAUGGUAUAGCUUUUGUAAAAUGUGCAGGGAUUUAGGAUAUGUAAAAUGAACCAUGGAAAAACAAGGGAAGCCAUUAAUAUUUUAAGGAUGUAAAAAUGAGUGCUUUAAAUUGUAAAACAGAAAUAUAUAUAUACAGUGGUACCUCAGGUUAAGAACUUAAUUCGUUCUGGAGGUCCGUUCUUAACCUGAAGCACCACUUGAGCUAACGGGGCCUCCCGCUGCCGCCGUGCGAUUUCUGUUCUCAUCCUGAAGCAAAGUUCUUAACCCAAGGUACUAUUUCUGGGUUAGCGGAGUCUGUAACCUGAAGCGUCUGUAACCCGAGGUACCACUAUAUAUGGAAUAAUGUGUGGAUGGUCCAGUAUCCACCCCAAUGCAAUGGCAUGUUGUGGGAUGCACCUGCAAAAUAAACCCCACAGUCUGGAGGAGCCCUAGUUGACAGGGAUUUCUGCCUUCACCCUUAAAAAAGAGAAAGAAAUUGGUGCACAGGACCCAUCAGCUCUGAGAUUCUUGGGGAGGUUUUUGGAGGGGGAUGAGGUGGGGGGAGUCCUUCAAAAACUAGCCCAGCUGCCACUCUGAAACACCCUCUCUGUUUUCCCUCUUCCAGGUGGGAGCAACCUGCGCAGUUUGUACUCCCCACUGAGCGCCGCCUUGGCUUCACCCUGCAGCAGUGGCUGGAGCGCUGGACCCUGGCUUCCAGAGCUCUGCAACAGAAGCAGCAGCAGCAACACCAGCAGCAGAGCUGGGUCUGAGACCAGGGUGGGAGAGUGCUGGGCAUUUGUGUCAAAAUGGCACACACACACACAUGCCACUUGCUGGAAUAUAGGUAUCUAAGCCUAGCUGCACUCAUUACCGAAGGGGCACGGCAUAGGUCAGGCUGCUAUGGGGAGGAACCUAAGAGCUGUCUGUCUCUCUGUCUCUGUCUCUGUCUCUCUCUCUCUCUCUCUCUCUCUCUCUCUCACACACACACACACACACACACACACACACACACACACCAGCAUCCUUUCUUGCUGUAAGUUACGAUUUGAUAAGUAGAAUGUGCCUUCGUAUUUUCUAAUUCUUUGGAAUAAAUCUUACUGCAUCAAAA